AUGCUCCGCCUGUUUCCGUUCGCAUUUACCAUCGCACAACAUAGGUAUCAUCAUGGCGCCCUGAGUACGGCCCCCGGGAACACAACCGGUCUGUUCUGUCCAAUCACUGCUUCCACCCCCAACGCCCUCCAACAACUGAGCUGUGGCAUCAAUGCUAUACCUAGUAUUAUGGCCGAACUUGAUGGGACACUUGGCCAUCCUGAGGAGCCAUCUCAAGGCUCACCUCGGGAGUCUCCUACCCAAGACCGUUCUGCUGCCCAUCCUGCCUGCUACUGUCAACCACGGCUGCAAUCCGUCAUGGAGCCGACUUAUAAUAGGAAACAGGCUGGCUGCCUGCUACUGGUCAAUCACGGGCUGAAAUCCACUCCAUCAUGGAGUCGAGUCCAACUAUGGAAGUCCGUGGUUGACAGUAGCUGGCAGGAUGGGCAGCUGAAUGGUCUUGGGUAUGAGCCUCCUGAGCCUCCCGAAGUCUAUCUCCUUGCUCUGAGGUUACUUUCAAAAGAUCUCAUUAUCCCCUGA